AUGCUUGAAAAUAUCACCAUCCUUAGUCAAUUGGCACAACCUGAUAAGGGGAUUUUGACGGACCAACACGUCCCUACGAGCCGUCAGGCGGGCUUGCAGCAGCUCUGUAGUGAUGUCUUUGAUCACAUCACCGCCGCAAAAAUUAUGCGAGUGGCAUUACGUCCGCCACCCAUCAACGGCUACUUCCCACAUCGAACGGAAAGCACUCAGUUUCUCUAUCGUUAUGAGCCAUCUCACUGGUGGACUUCGGGGUUCUUCCCCGGAUCCCUUUGGCUGCUUUACGAGCGCUCAUUGCGUACCAAUCUUUCUUUCUCAUCCGAUGAGAUCCUUGCGCAGGCACUGAAGUGGCAAAAGAGCAUGGAAAAGGAACAAUAUAACAAGGAAACGCACGACCUUGGCUUCAUGAUUCUUCCCGCAUUCUAUCAACAUUACAAGCACUUCGAAAAUGCUGCUAGCAAACAGAUUAUCAUCAAUGCUGGCACUUCACUUGCCUCGAGAUGGAGCGAAAAGGUGCAGUGCUUGCGCUCAUGGGACACAUGUCAUACCAAACGGUUCAAUUUUGAGAACACAAACAAAGAUUUUUUGGUUAUAAUUGACAACAUGAUGAAUCUUGAUCUUUUAUAUAUUUGCUCAGAAUUGACGGGAGAUGAUGAGUUUCGGAGAAUCGCAACCGCUCAUGCUCACACAACGCUGCAAAACCACCUACGAGUAGACAGCUCAACUUACCAUCUUGUCAAUUAUAACCCGGAAACGGGCGAAAUAAAGGGUCGGUACACAAUCCAGGGCUACGAUGAUGAUAGCUGUUGGAGUCGUGGCCAGGCUUGGGCGCUGUACGGUUAUGCAACCGUCUACAAGUACACAAAGGACAAGAAGUUCUUAGAUGCAGCAAAUAAUUGUACAAAAUACUUUUGUGGCCGCAUUGGAAACAAUCACGGUGCUGUAGUCUGGGACUUCGAUGCGCCACGCUUUCCAGCCAUUCUAGACACAUCAGCUGCAGCUAUUGCGUCCAAUAUCUACCAUGGGUAG